AUGCAGAACGCAUUAGACCGCGCGUCGCCGCUCGUCGGCCCGGCGGAGCUGGAGAGGCGGCGGAAGAUUCGGGUAGACAUCGAGGAACUGCUGAACCAGUGGAUCCGCUCGCCCAACGUAACGGGCAACGUGAACGCGCCGCGGGGGAAAGUGAUGACCAUUGGGUCGUCGACCCUGGAACUGAUGACGGAAGAGUCGGAUAUCGACCUGGUGUGCUUCCUUCCCUAUCUCGGACCGCACCAACACUUGCAGAUAAACGGGCCGGACCCGGUACUAAUGUGAUUGAUGAAAAUCAAAAUUAUACAUGAAAGGUGACCAGGUGAGUGUUAAUAGUGAUAGUGAUACUACCCGUCGCGAAUUUCGCAAAAAUAAUGAUAAAACCUUUCUGUAGUUGAACUUGAAACCAAAUCCAAAGCCAAACGACCACUCGCGACAUUGAAAAAAUAAACAGACCACCGGGGAAUUGAACCGGUCCCCUUUACGCGAGAUGUGGCUGGAGGACUUUGGCAAGAUGCUGCAAAAGCACGAGGAGGUGAAGGAUUUUGUCAAGCUGGACUCCACCGCGAACGCAACGCUGUGUUGCCGGUUCCGCGGCGUGGAUUUGGACAUUUUACUCUGCUGCUUACCCAACUUGAACAACCCACGGGGGAUUCCAGAAGACUUUCUGGAAUUGAACGAAUCCGAGUCCAAUUUUUAUUAACUGCAAAUAUAUCUGGGUCUGGAAACUUGUGAUGCAAGGAACGGAAUAGUGAGCACACAGUAAUGAGCUGCCUAGCAUGACAAGUUUUUCCGCGGUUCUGAGUUGCGCACUUCGCAUGAGAAACUGCAUUUUUGCAUGAGAGAUAAGAGGAGCUUUCGCGGCCACGAAAUACAGAUUUCAGAGUCAUACCAGACUAGCAUGACAAAUAUCGCAAUCUUCUAGACCCAGACACUUUUGCAAUGCAUAAUUUUACCACCUUCACGAACGACGACGUCCUGGCGGACCUGGACGAGCCGAGUCAACGGUCCGUAAACGGGGUGCGGGUCGCGCGCUUACUGUUGACCGACAGGUCCUUGGUGUCCGAUGUGACGUUGUUCAAGAAGGUGCUCAGGUUCGUAAAAGCCUGGGCCAAAGCCCGGGGCAUUUACAACAACAUCAGCGGCUAUUUCGGCGGAAUCACCUGGGCCCUCUGCGUCGCGAAGGUAUAGUACGUAGUCUAGUUUUGGUGACAGACAACUGUACGUAUGUAUUUGUUUAUUUCGCAUCAUGACCACAUGAAGCAUGCACGACACUUUGCGCACGGGUGCUGCUGGCCCUGCUGCUAUAAAUACAUAGAAUUUUGAUUUUCAUACACCACAGGCCAUGAUGGAACGGCCCCUGAUAAAAGACCCGGAGCAGAUGGUGAUGGCCUUUUUCGAAUUCUUCUCGGAAUUCGAGUGGCAAGAAAAGGACGUCACACUUCGGGUCCACAGUGAGCCUUCUUGUCAGGACAUAACGCUGAAACAGCGAGCGACCAGCGACAAUGUGUGGCGACCAAGAGCCGAAGGGGAAGUGAAGCUAGACGUCAUGAGCGUGGUACUAUAUUUUUUGCAGCCCCUUCAUCUAAACAGAAGCAAAUGCAAACCUGCUAAAGUAUCCUUAUCCCGGCCGCCGUGCUGCGCUCUACGUCUACAUGUACAGCAGAAGCAGCGCUCAACUAGAUGAUAAAUGAAGAAGACCACCUCAAGAAAAAAAGCAUACUUUAUCUUUAUCAACGGCAUGGAUGGUCGCAGCGCUUAUUUCGACUUGAUUCGCAACCGCAAAGAAAUUCUACUACUUUACCAGGUGACCCCGUGCUAUCCGCCGAUAUCCCACGAAAAAAUUGUUUCACUGUGAUGAUUUUGCAAGAACCGCAUCACAAGUUUGCUCCACAUGACACAGAAAAUUUGCCAUGCGCGUUCCCCAAGAGGGAAUACCCUUGAAAAUCCAACGCCUUGUAGGUGUAGCAAGACAAAUAGUUCUGUGGUCCAUUGUCUGCAUCACAAGUUCACAGUGAAACAGUUUUUUCUUGCGAUAGCCGAUGAAUAGUUGCCACAACGCGAACGGAGAAACUUUGCUCACCAUCGAUGAGUAUGCAUUGCAAAAGUAUCGUACUCGUAUAAAUGCAUUACAAAUUUCCUCAGCGUGAGAAAUAAGGUUAAGGUUUGUAAUGCGGAUUUGACUUGACAAGAAAAUUUGUAAUGCAUGAUUGCAAUACGAGUGCGAUACUUCUGCAAUGCAUAAUGAGCAGUUUUUCCGGUCAGCGGGGCUCGUGAAGAGAAUACGGGAAACGGAAAUAAGCAGUGCUGGGGGUGCAGCAGAGCAGAGUCAGACCGCAACGGACAAAAUUUGGGACGAGUUUUUCGAACCCUAUCCCUUCUUCACGGCGUACCACCACUACGUAAGAAUAUCCGUGGAUACCUUGGAGGACAAUAGGGAAAAAUUUUGCCGCCUGAAAGGUAUUCUUUCAUUUAUACAACUUGAACUUCCGCCGGAGAGGACUCUGGGAUUUAGUAGUUACUUACUUGCACCCUUUAGAAAUAGUACCCACGACCUUUGUGGUCAACGUCAACGUCAUCUGUUGGUGGUAUAACUUGUUUGUUUUGGUUCUCGUAGUAGUACCUACAGCCUGUGCCUGUCCUUGAUCAUGCCGUCCACGAAGGAUCGUUCCGUCGUAGUCUUGUUUCGUCUUUACGAAUGUGAUGUGAAAAAUACGACCCAGGUUCCGUGGAGGCAAAGCUGAAAUCGCUCGUGGAAAAGCUGAAAUCGCUCGUUUUUUCUUCUGAAGGUCACGCCUUCAGAAGGUUUUUUUUGACCUUCAGAAGAAAAAAAUGGAAAAUGAGCAAAAAAACCUUCAGAAGGUGAAAAGUGACCGUUUUGAAAUCUUCUGAAGGUUAAAAAGCUUCAGAAGGUCGCAUUUUUUUGACCUUCAGAAGACUUCCCGACUUUCUCGACAAAAGAAAGCUGCAAAGUGUCGCGAUUUUGGCCAACCUUCAGAAGACUGAAAACCUUCAGAAGGUUUUUCAAAUCUUUCUCCAAUGCGGCAACUUUAUGCUUGCGCUUUUUCGUAUUCUUCAGAAGCUUCGACCUUCUGGAGGUCAUCUUCUGUAGCUUCUUCUGAAGACUCAAAAGCUUCUGAAGAGUCUGCAGCUAGUCUGCUAAAACGUCAAACAUUCCGACAAGCGCUGGCGCGCGCUGUCUUCCUGCUCGCCUACAAGGCGCUGCUGCUGUUUGUGUCGCCCUGGGUCUGUGCUGCUUUCUGCAUCUGAAAGGCAUUUUUUCGCCUGUGGUAAAUGCCCUGCCCUGGACGAGAAGUCGGAUUUUCUUUUUCUCUUUUUUGCUUCAUGUUGGCAUUUAAGUGACUGCUGCCUGGAGCUUGGUUAGUGAGACAGGGCGCGGACGACGUCCACUAUGACUACCUGUUCCCGUUUUCACUAACCAUGCAGAAAGCACCUGCAGACAAUAGCUUCAAAUUUGGCCCAGCAGCAAUUCAAAUCAGCCUUACCCCGCGACGCAGUCGCGGGGAGUGGUUCUUACUUACUUCCACCCUUUAGAAAUAGUACUCCAUUUGUGAUUUCACACUUCAAACCACUAGAUUUAGGUCAUAUUUGGGUACAACUUUUUUGUUUUACUUCUCGGAUUUGUACAGCCUGUCCUUGAUGAUCUUGAUGCCGUCCACGAAGGCCGUUCCUCAGUGCGGCCGUGGUAUUGUUUCGCUCUCGUCUUUACGUCGAACCAUGUGAAAUAAAGAUACAUUUAUUCCAAUAAAAAAAAGAAUUACGCCUGACCCAGGUUCCGUGGAGGCGAAGUUGAAAUCGCUCGUGGAAAAGCUGGCCGCGUACCACGAGGACUACAUGCGCGCCCACCUGUAUGGAACUGUCAGGAUUGAAAUUGACAAAGUUGAAAAAUUUGUGAUGCAUAAAAUCGAUACCAUUUGGAAGCCCAAUUUAUUCUAAGCGGUGCAUGACAAAUUUCGGCACCGUCGAAAUCCAGUUUGUCAUGCUGUUUAGCGAAAGAAGGCAUCCCUUGUCAUGCUACUUUAGCAGCUCUAUCAGAAACCCAAAACAGGCUCACAAUCGGCCUCACUUGCAAUCCCUGCAAGACAGUCACUUCGUGCCUUGCAGUCUAUGCAUCACAGACUACUUCAGCUUUGUCGAUUUCAACAAUCCUGACGCAUCCAUAACCUGUAUCCGCACAAUGUGGCGGACCCGCGCGCCAACGAGGCCACCUGGUUCAUCGGGAUCGAGUUCGAGCAGGGCACGAGCGGGCAGCAUCUGGACAUCCGGCACCCCGUCGCGGAGUGGGUCAAUACCGUCGCCUUUGAGUCCAGACGGGACGGCAGGAUACACAUCGCACUGCACGUGCAAGAGGAAACGACAAAAUUUAGGUAUACUUUACAACAGAUAAAGGUGUACGUGAUGAAAAAUCAUACACAAAUCAAAAAGAAAAAGUACUAUCUAGAUACGCUUCCGUGGCUAGAAGUUGUAUUUGUCUGCAUAUAUCAAAGACCACAUUCGAUUUUUUGGUGGAUCAUCCACUUCUACAUCACAAGUAUACAACAACUUCCCAGGCGAAAGUCCGGCGAAGGCCCGGCAAUAGCGAAGCCGAACCUGAGUCCCUCCAGCUCUUCCAAAGACGGCAGCAGCACGGCCCAACCCACGCUGUCAGCCAGGUCAAAUAGCGCAGCAGCAGCAGCUGCUGCUGCAAACGGGGGCCCACCAGGAGGUCCUGGACCACAGUUGCAGCAAGGUGGGAGCAGUAGCAGCAGUAGUAGUGCUGCUGGACGAGGAGGUGGACCUCCUUCUUCACAUCAAGCGACGUCGCAGAGUAAUUAUACUUCUGUCGCAAACGGAACAGCAACAGCCACCUCUGCAGGAACUACUACCGCUGGCUCUACCACUUCUAGCACAGGACUACAACAAGCUGGAGGUGGUAAAAAUUAUAUGAGAAAGAACAGCGACAAUUUUCUAGUGGACGCCAACGGCUUCAGUCUGGUACCACAACAGGGUGCUGGUACAGCUACUAGCGCGGGGAUAGGAACUUCUGGGUCAAUACCUCCUCCGGGAGGAGCCGCAGGAGGAAAUAGUACAAAAAUAACGAGGACCACCAUGAAUAAUUCCACCGCAUCAACAUCAAAAGGAAGCGCACCUCCCAUUAAUUCCGGAGCUGGCGGUACCACAAUACUAACUUCAACUACGUCCGGCGAGCCGCCACCGGGUGGAAGUUCUACUACUUCCAAAGGGUCAACGGCUCCUGGAGCCAUGAAAAUAAACGGUGCCGGUAUUAUUUCAACUAGCGGGAAAGGAGGAAAGCCUCCUGCGGGAGCUCCACACGGAAUAGUGUUGAAUGCUGCUUCGAACGGCACAACAUCGACCUCGAAGUCGAACGGCACCACAGCAGCAUCUAACUCUAGUGCCGCCCCGGUCAAGAUACUCGCCACCUCUGGGCCGCCCGGCGCUGGUGGUCUCUCGAGUUCUGGUGACGUAUCCCACUGAAAAAUAAAGCAGGCUGCAGGGCAUUCAUUUGUACUGCAAAAACAUAUUAUAAAGGUAAUUUUGAUUCAACUAACACACGGAACUGCCUGCAUUACCAUUAGUAUUGCAUUCCCUACGCAUAAUUGUUCCCUAGGUACUUGCUCCCCAAGUACACUGUGGGUUCGCGUUCGCCCAUGGCAGAAAAAUUUUCUAUGUAUUCAUAUUGGCAUGUGGCAAAGAUGCCCCGCCGGCUUUUUUCUGUGUGAUAUGACGCGGAUGGUACCUCCCAAAUGAAACCGCCUUUGGGGAACCCGCUGCUCAUGAAGCGCGCUGGGAGUGAGCAGGAAAUAGACCCGGAAACGGCGAAAAAACGACCUAAAUGAGGAGGAGCUGGAGCUGUUGUCAGCAUGGUAGGGGGAGAGUUUUUCGUUGAAUUUUAAAGAUUAAGCAAAAAACUAGGUUUCGCCGUUCUAUAGUUCAUUUCUUGUCCCGGAAAAAUCUUGUAGAGCUUGUUUGUUGAGUUGACAGUUUUUGAGCAAAAAUCAGAACCAAAUCUUGUUCAAUUGUUAUUUAGCACAUAGUAUAGCGAAUAAGUGUACUAUUCUAGCGACACUUCUAACUUUUCAACAAUGACAUUGUCCCUAGGCCGUUUGAGAUGAAAUUAUAGGUCGCUACGUGUACAACGAGACCGAGAGUACUCCAAUCUUUUCCCGCACCUCCCCAGUCUACUUUCUCCGCACGAUAGUGCGACCGCUUGGAAUACCCCCUGCGUCGCCUGUAGGAGCCUCUACUGGCGAAGUGUAGUACCUUCGUAGAGGAUGGCGUCCUCCUCUUUUACCUGGUUAUCCAGCACUUUUACCUGAAAUAUAUCCUAAGAAUAAGUAUGUACCCACCUCCAACGCACGACUUUUUUCUACCCAUACCCGUCAUGGAAGCAGGACAUACAGAGAAAGAACCGGCAAAAUAUUCUUCACCGUUCAACAAGUGCCUUCCGACCCAGUAACGACGAUGUCUGAGGUAUGAACGACAACUGCCCUCAGAGCGACCUACUCACUUAGGGAAAAGAAAAUCGCAAAACUUUGAGCAGCCGGCCACAAGAAUAUUAUAUAUAUCUUCAAUCGUAGCUUUUAUCAAGUUUAGUAUCACAAUACAACGACCGGAAGUUGUAAGGUGGUCGGUCGUUCGUAUAUACCACAACUGGUGUAGGUGAUGACAAUUUGCUAAAAUAGAUCAAAAAAAAAAGUCGCAGCUUUUACUUGAGUCCAAAAAUCUAAGUCGACGU